AUGGCAUUCGGGCGAGCGGCCGAGGUGGACGCCGCUGUACCACGUGAGGUCUUCUCCUGCGCGGAAUGCGGCGAUCAGUUCACCGUGAAGCAACUGCUGGACAACCACCGGCGACGCAAGCACAUGGAAAGAUCUCAAAGAAAGCACCAACGUGCCCACUGCCCUUACUCCAGCAACAGAAGGGGCGGUGUCACCAGGCACGAGAGAAUGCACACGGGUGAGCGGUCAUUCGUGUGCCACGUCUGCGACAGGGGCUUCUACCGGCGAGGACAUCUCAGCAGCCACAUGGUGGCCCACACGGGGGAGAUGCCGUACGAGUGCCGAGACUGCGGCCAGUGCUUCACGCAGGCGUCCAGCAUGGCGACUCACCGGAGGCUGCAGCACUCGGCCAGGGGCGGUCGACAUCACGUGUGCCCCGAGUGUGAAAAAGGGUUCUCGAAGAGGUCUGAUGUCAACAGACACCUGCUGAUCCACAGGGGUGAGAAGCCGUACGCCUGCUCUGAGUGCAGGAUGAGGUUCACACAGCGCAGCACUGCCAAACGACACAAACAGGUGGUCCACGACUGCCAGUACCCGCUACACUGCCCGCACUGCGGCAAAGGGUGCAUCAACAUGGGAGACCUGAGAAGACACGUGCGCGUUCGGCACAAAGACGAAUGA